UGAGUCGCUAAAAUUGAUUUGUUUGGGAUCGUGUCCUGUCAUUAGACAAGACGCACCCUCCCUGUUUAGUGAUUUUUAUGGUGCCGGAGAACUGUCAAAAGUGUCAAAGCUUAUAAAAAUAUACUGAUAUUUUCGUUGUUCUAAAAAAUGAACGAAAGUAGUGGCGUGUAUGAUGCACAAGAGAGUGAAAAGCAGCCUCUCCUUGCAAAUGAACCAACAACUUAUAAUGGGGAAACAGGAGUUGGACAACAAGCGACUGUGUCUCCAAUCGGACCCGACGAGUUGCCUCCGCCCUUUUAUCAGGCUUCCGAGAGUGGCGGAGUCCCAAUGGUAACAUGUCGUGUGUGUCAGGCAAUGGUUGAUAUUUCUGGUAAAAGAGACCAGCAUGUCGUUAAAUGUGGACAGUGCAAUGAAGCUACGCCAAUUAGAAAUGCUCCUCCUGGUAAAAAAUAUGUGCGUUGCCCCUGUAACUGCCUCUUAAUCUGUAAAAGUUCAUCACAAAGGAUUGCUUGUCCAAGACCAAAUUGUAAAAGAAUUAUUAAUUUAGCCCCCAGUCCUGUCACUCCGCCUGUACCUUCAAUGCCUGGGAUGUGCAGGGUGACCUGUGGACAUUGUCAUGACACUUUUUUGUUUAACACGCUAAAUAAUGCGUUAGCACGUUGCCCCCACUGUCGAAAAGUAUCGUCAGUGGGUCCUGAUUAUGCAAGAGGAAGAGGUAACAUAUUCUUUAUUUUAGCCGUGAUAUUUUUAUGCAUUGGGAUUGGAACAACGGCAGGAACUUACGUAUAUGCCAAGCACCAUAACGGAAUUUAUGUUUUAUAUGUGGGAGCUUUUCUUUUAGCAAUAGUGAUGCUUCUUCGUAGUAUGUAUUAUUGCUUUAUGAAAGUCAGUAUCAUAGAAGGCCCCAUGUAAAAUAAUAACUUGUGUGCAAAUUUAUAUGGAGAAGUAUGCAUGUCGGCCACAUGAACAAAUUUGUUUGCCCAUUUUUCACAAUUUAACGUUUGCACAAAUUUGUGAUUUGUACACGCAUACUUCUUGAACUAAUUUAUAUAGAAUAGGCCCCUCUAGUGAUAAAACAAAACUUGUUUUUUACUUUCCCUCUAGUAGUAGGUAAAACUUGAAAAUACAAUAAAUAUUAUAAUCGUAAAAUAUCAAUUCAUCUGCUUUUUUCUGUAAUUUGAGAACCCGCAAGCCAUUGAAAAAUAUUUAUUCAUUACUGUUGGUUGUUUAUAUUCUUACAUUCCCAAAGGACUAACUGGUUUCUUUGAUAAUCAUGAUUGUGUACAUAUUUCUAAGUUGGUUGUAUUAUAGUUUCAAUUCUUUAUCGUAAUAUUAAACAGACUGUAUGAGUAAAGGCGAGUGAUAAAAUAAAAUAUUUUUAAACUUAA